UUUGAAGGCUCAGUUUAGUUGUGAUGUGAAGAUCUUGUAUUGGCAGGAUGUCUGCACUCUGUCUGUGUUGUGCAGUCUUCCUCUGUCUCCUUUGCAGCAACCUGGCUGAGAAAGGGAGCAAGGGACUGCUGGUCCGAAAGCAGGAGGGAGACACUAUGACCAUCCACUGCAGAACCUCUCUGCCAGACCAAGAAAACCUGAGUGUGUACAUGCGCCUAACAAAAGAGAUUCUAGUCCUCUACUUUCACCAGGCAACAGAAAAAUUAACCCUCCACGAGAGGUUCAAACUCAGAUUGACGACUAACGGAAGACUCAACAAAAUGGACAUCACCAUCACAAACCUGACCAUAGAAGACUCUGGGGCCUACUGGUGUGUGUACAGUGUUUAUAAGAAAAGCAAGAUUGAGACGACUGAGGGGGAAGGAGCUGUUUUGCUGGUGGUGAAUGAUGAGGAGUGUGACCAGAAUGACGCGUCCUCAGGGCUAGGAAUGUCCUGGUAUCUAGUCCUGGUCUCAGCUGUCACUGCUGGCUCUGUGCUUCUCCUGAGUCUGCUCAUCCUCUUCAUCUGGGUCAUCCCCAGGUUAAAGGCAUGGCGUGCAACGAUUAGACCAACACAGGGCAAGAGUAGCGAUGUCUAUGAAGACAUGCGCACCACCAUCAGACGUGCACACCCCCCUCAGAUGGGUUAUUAGUGAUGUUGCACGGCAGCCAUCUUUACUUUUGGCACCAACCUAAGACAGGUUGCUACGGGUGUUGCACAGCAGCCAUCUUUACUUUGGGCACGACCUUCGGACAGCUUGUUACUGAUAAUGCACGGCAGCCAUCUUUAAUUUGGGUCCAAAUGGAAGCUCAUGUCAGCUGACUAGGAGACAAUUAUGUAAACAUACUGUAAUGAUGUCAACGAAGGACUUUGAAAGAUAUAUUCUCAGGUUGUGUUAAGUAGCAAGGGCUUGCAUCAAGGAUGUACUCUUAUGUCAGUCAUUCAACCUCAAGGUAAGAUACCUAUAUACUGUAGCUACUUAAGUACACAGCAUUGUAUGUGACUGACAUCACACAUUGUAAAUGGUUGUUCAUACAGAGGUUUGUUAUAGUCCUUGACCCUGACAUAGCAGGUAGAAUUUGAGUCUUGUAAUUACAACCACAAUUUAACUUGAAAAUAGCACUGAUUACUGUGCAUGGAAUUUCAUUGUCUUUAGCUGUACAUUCUAUUUUUCUUUAUAGAUUGACAAUAUAUUUUUUAACAACUUUUAAAUGUUGAAUUGAUUCUCUAUUGUAUAUAUUUUUUAACAUAUUUGAUGGCAUUGGGCCUAUGCCUAUUUUUCAGACGCCAGGCAACUUUUACUGCUACUUUAUUGUAAUAUUUAGCAUUCUUCAGUUCCUGUACUGAUCAUGUUGUUCCUGUAAUGACAGUCUAUUUUUUUAUAAUAAAUGAGUCAUAAGAUUAACA